AUGGCAGAACCAACCAAGCGCAAGAACUUCACCGAAGAGGAAGAUGUCAUGCUUUUAAAGCAGACUCUCGCGGACGAACUCUACCAGCAGGAACAUGGCAAGGUGAUGGAGUACUGGGAGAAGUUGGCACAAACACUGGUGGCUUGUGCCGACUUCUCACGUAAGAAUCUCACCGCGAAACGGCCCAGAACCGCGUUAACGCGCUUGUCGGCCGACAAGGAUGCUGCGAACGAGAGUGCAGGUGAAGCCAUCAGGCGUCUCGCUGUUGAGAGGUUGAAACGCUCACGAGAAGACGAUGCUGUGAAUGUAAGCGAGAGCCCCUCAAGAGCGAACAAAUUCGCAAAGCUUGCCGAAAUCCUACAAGCUCAAAAAGAGCAGGAGUUUGUCAUGCGAAGGGAACAGUGGGAACAAGAGCGCCAAGAUCGCCGCGACAUUGAGAAACGCUUCAUUCUCUUACUCGAGCAUUUAGCUAACAAGAAGUAA